UCAGUUCCAAACUCGGGGACAAGCAACAGUAUGCAGAUGUGUCACGUGGUCAUAGGUUGUUCCGUCGCUGUCCUCCUCAUGAUCAUAGGCCUUCCCCUGGCUUCGUGCGACUCUGUAAUCAUUCAAAAGCGGCAGAUCGACCCAGCUGAUGUGGACCGUAUAUUAGACCCGAAACGUAAGCGGCCAUUCUGCAAUGCGUUUACAGGCUGUGGCAAGAAGCGAUCUGAUGAGUCCAUGGGCACUUUGGUAGAGCUGAAUUCGGAACCGGCCGUGGAAGACUUAAGUCGGAAGAUCCUGUCCGAAACGAAACUGUGGGAGGCAAUCCAAGAGGCCAGAGCCGAGCUGCUCAGGCGACGUCAGGAGCAGUUGCAGCUGCAGGAGGGUCAGUACGCCACUGCAGUGGAGAGACCUAUUCCCUUGUCCAUCACCGGCUACCGCAAGAAGAGGUCUGUAAUACCAGAGGGUACUGGGAACUCUCUCCUUACCACAUCCGAGCCACAGGACCAGUCUACAAAAACUUGGAGCCGAUAAGGUGGAGAAUAUUAGCAACGUCAACAAAGGCAAUUUCGUCGCCAUGUUCCCGCUGUAACACUGUCACAAACAUCCCUAUUCAAAUUGUUCACCACAGUAAAAAAAAUAUAAACGUCCAAAGUUUGAUGUAAGCUUUCCUAAAUCCUGUCUCUCUUUCAGAAAAUUUUAUGCGAACUUUUACUUUGGCUGGAUGUAGAAUAUGAUAAAUAACGAUGCAUACAUAACACGUUAUUUUAUUCUCUUUUUUGUAUGUGUCUGUUAUUUUGUAAAUAAAUUUCGAUGUAUUAUUACCCUCACUACACCUCCAUACUCUAUUUCGCCAAUCAGUGAGAAUACAUUAUACAAAUAUAUGUAUACUUAAAUAUAUAAUAACCCAAUACGUUGUCCACAUAUAUAUUGUGUAACAGAUGUAUAUAUCCUUAAAUCUAGACAAAAUAAAGUUCUCUCUUAUCAUC